AUGCAACAUGGCUCGCCACUUCAGAGAGAAAUCGUGGCUGGACUCACAGCGGGCACUGUGACCACAAUCGCCACCCAUCCGUUGGAUCUGGUAAAAUUGCGUCUUCAGCUUUUGGCUACCUCUAAUUCGGCACUGGGCUACACAGAUGUGGUGAAAAAUAUACUUAAAGAGUCCCAAAUUCAUAGCAGCGUGGUGAAAGAAGCGUAUCGCGGUUUGGGUGUCAAUCUCGUAGGUAACUCCGUGGCUUGGGGACUUUAUUUCGGCCUCUACCGUUUUUCGAAGGAUACCGUCUACAAAGUUUGGAUAGGUGAUCUAGAUGCUCAAAAGAAUUCGUCCUUUCAAAAGGACAGCCAAAUGGGCCCGCUGCUGUAUCUCACGUCGGCAGCCUUGAGCGGUGCUGCAACUGCCGUCCUUACUAACCCGAUCUGGGUGGUCAAGACCAGAAUCAUGUCUACAAGCACGCAUGCUCAAAAGCGCUACAAAUCAACCCUAGAUGGAAUUUUCAAAAUCUAUCAAAGGGAAGGGCUGAGCGGGUUUUGGAGAGGCUUGGUGCCUUCAAUAUUCGGUGUAGCCCAGGGUGCUAUUUAUUUCGCAGCCUACGAUUCCUUAAAACAUCGGUAUUUUGCAAGCCGGAAAAUCAAAGAGGAACAGAAACUGGGGAACCUCGAAAAUAUCAUGUUGACCUCUGUGAGUAAAAUGGUAUCGGUUUCGGCCGUAUACCCACUACAAUUGUUGAAAUCCAAUCUGCAAAGUUUUGAAGCUGUCCGUGAUGAGGCGUCGUACAAGCUGUGGGCCCUAGUUGGUUCCAUUUACACGAAGGAUGGCGUAAAGGGCUUGUACAAAGGUUUAAGUGCUAAUUUAGUGCGUGCCAUACCGUCGACAUGCAUAACCUUCUGCAUUUAUGAGAACCUACGACAUUUAUUGUAG